UCAUCAAACAUGAAGCGGAUAAAGUGCGACUUAAUUAAAAGUCCGCCUCCUCAGCACUUUCCGCCUGAACAUGUGCUGGAGACUACUUUGGCGAUCAUCAAACCAGAUGGCAUGGUUUACCGAAAUGAGAUCCUGAAGUUAAUCUUAAAAGCAGGAUUUCAAAUAAUUCAGCGCAAAAUGGUGCGCCUUUCCCCGGAGCAAGCGUCCGAUUUCUAUAAAAAUAAACAUGACUUGAAGGCGUAUAAUUUGAUGGUGUUCAGUCUAUCGGAGGGUCCUAUCGAAGUCAUGUGCUUGGCAAAAGAAGAUGCCAUUGAAGCCUGGAAAUGUCUAAUGGGACCUGAAAGAAAAACUGAUGCAAUACUCUGUUUCCCGGAUACUAUAAGAGGGAGGUUCUCUACAUGUACCGAUGAUGAACGGAAUGUUGUGCAUGGGAGUGAAAAUGAAAGAUGCGCGAGGUUCGAGAUUCAUUUCUUCUUUCCAAAUUUUAUAAUUGAGCCUAUACGACAAGAAGACGCCUACAAACUAUGCUGCGAAUCUGUACUGAUGAGCACUCUAUUCGAUGGUCUCUACAAGGUGAGUGUCGAAAGGCCGUUUGAUCCUGUUACUUGGCUAGCACAAUGGCUGCUGCAACACAACCCUCUGAAGCCUGUUGUGAGCGAUACAUGCGACAGUAUGAAGGAGAAAAUUAGCGAACUUGAAAAAAUAGCAGCUGCCACGGGAACCAAAAUAUCCACUGCUAAAUACAAAGGUUAUAGCCAUGCCUCGACAUCUUCACUUUCGAGUAGCGCCAUCAGUUGCAUAUGCUCCUGUGAGCCAUGCUCCACGACCAGUGGUAAAUCGGAACGAAGUGUCCACGCCCAAGCGUGCUCUUGCAGCUUAGUCUUGAAUCCGAAGGAUGUUACCUUUUGCCCUGUUUGCCAUAAAACAAUGAAGUUCCAGUUGAGACAAAGUUGUGAUGAAAGUGCAGUAAGUUCUUCCAGCCAUGUGGUGUCAGCUCCUACGUCCAGCAAUGUGGAGACACAAACAGAAAGUUCAACCUCGAUUUGUUCCUAUCCCAAAGUUGCUGAGUUAUAAUGAAAUUGUCUGUGCAGGACACGAAAAUUGCACAUGAUGAUGCCUUUAUUGUUCAGCGCAAGGUGCAGAAGAAUGGACAAAUUUUCGACAAUUAUCUGUUGGAUGUUAGUGCACCUUUUAAUUUAUUGCCAAUUAUAAUAUAUGAUAUUUGGUGAUUUUGCAUAUUGCUGCAGUUAUAAAUGAAAUUCUUUACAGAAACAAAACAAAAAUUCACAUUCUUGGCAAAAUACCAAAUGAAAAUCAUCUGCCGUUAAUUAAAUCCUAUAAAUGAAAUGAUUCAAA